AUGUCGCAGCCAGAAUACGGCAGCUUGAUGUCAAGCCCUCCAGGCGCGGUGGUCGCACCAAAAGGAUUCCCUGCGGAUCCUCGACCCACGCAAGGGUCAAAAGUCUUCCGUGAUGCCAUGGAGAUUCGCGUCAAAGUCUUUUGUGAAGAGCAAAACUGCUCCUUGGAGGCAGAGCUAGAUGAAGACGACCUUAGGUCGUGGCAUUGGGUCAUGUACCAUACGUUUUCAGAUAGGAUAGAGCCAGCUUCCGUCAUUCGGAUCGUUCCUCCACCACAUGAUCCUCAUCCAAAUGGCUUUAGCGACCCGAACGAAAGGCCAUAUGUCAAGCUUGGGCGUGUCGCAACAAUGCCCGCCCACAGGGGCAAAGGUUUGAGCCGGGCCCUGACCGAGACAGCGCUCCAGUGGUCCUAUGAACAUAGGCAGGAGAUCUCUCCAGAGUGGGAUGGUCUUGUGCUCUGCCAUGCUCAAGUCUCUGUGGAGAAAAUGUACGGGAAGCUGGGCUUCGUCACUGACGAAAGACUGGGUCGCUGGAUGGAGGAAGGAAUUGAACACCUUGGGAUGUGGAGGGAUCUGAAGUUGUCUCAACCCUCAGACCCCGUCUCGAGUGCCUCUGUACAAAAUGGAGUCAGCUCUAAUACAUGA